GUAGUCUGACAUUAAACCUUAAAGAAGAAGACAACAAAGUAGCCUAACUGUUCUGUUGUAGCCGACCACAUUUCAUGUCUUACAAAGAAACAGUAGCUUCCACAAUGAAUCGGGACAACGCUAGCCCGUUCCCCUGCACCCUCCCGGAGUCCCCGUGUCAAACGCCUCCCAGUUCCGCUUUACUGCGGGGCCUGGUCGACUGCAGGAAAACACCGGGGCUGAGUGGAACUGAGACAGGAGAAAAGAAGGAAGAUGGAGAAUUGAUUUCAUUAAGUAAGAACCAUGGGGACGGCCCUAACCGUUGCUCUCUCAGUGGGAGGGGCUUAUCAUCUGCGGAGCCUCGACAACGUCAUGAUGCUGACAAGAAAGAGAAGAGUCUCUCCAGACCAGAACACCUCAAGAAACACUAUCAGAGACUUACAGGGAAGAAACCUGACCACUGCUGCUUUGACUGUGGGAAGAGUUCUGCUAAACAGAGGGAAUUGGUCAUUUACAAGCAGAUUCACACUGGGAGGAAAAUGUACCGCUGCUCUCAGUGUGGGAAGAGUUUUGCUGCAUCUAAAACCUUACAAUCUCAGAUAAUUCAUACAGGGGAGAGGCCUUACCCCUGCUUUGAUUGUGGGAAGAGCUUCAGUCAAUCAGGAGCCCUGACUACACACCAACGCAUACACACAGGAGAGAAGCCUUAUAGCUGUGUUCAGUGUGGGAAGAGCUUUGCUCUAUCCGGAAACCUGAGUACGCACCAGCGUGUACACACAGGAGAGAAGCCUUAUAGCUGCGAUCAGUGUGGGAAAAGCUUCAACCAAUCAGGAAACCUGACUACGCACCAGCGUGUACACACAAGAGAGAAGCCUUAUAGCUGUGAUCACUGUGGGAAGAGCUUUGCUCUAUCCGGGAACCUGACUAGACACCAGCGCAUACACACAGGAGAGAAGCCUUAUAGCUGUGAUCAGUGUAGGAAGAGUUUCAAUCAAUCAGGAGAACUGACUAGACACCAAUGCAUACACACAGGAGAGAAGCCUUAUAGCUGUGAUCAGUGUUGGAAGAGCUUUGCUCUGUCCGAAGACCUGACUAGACACCAGCGCAUACACACAGGAGAGAAGCCUUAUAGCUGUGAUCAGUGUGGUAAGAGCUUCAUGGAUUCAGGUAGUCUGACUAGACACCAGCGCAUACACACAGGAGAGAAGCCUUAUAGCUGUGAUCAGUGUGGUAAGAGCUUCAUGGAUUCAGGUAGUCUGACUAGACACCAGCGCAUACACACAGGAGCAAAGCCUUAUAGCUGUGAUCAAUGCGGGAAGAGUUUUGCUCAAUAUUCCACUCUGACUGCACACCAACGCAUACACACAGGAGAGAAGCCUUAUAGCUGUGAUCAGUGUGGGAAGAGCUUCAAUCGUUCAGGAGCCCUGACUACACACCAACGCAUACACACAGGAGAGAAGCCUUAUAGCUGUGAUCAGUGUGGGAAGAGCUUCAAUCAUUCAGGAGCCCUGACUAGACACCAGCUCACACACACUGGAGAGAAACCUUACUCUUGUCUAUGUGGAAAGAGCUUUGCUCGUUCAGGGUCACUGAAACAACACCAGAAAGCAUCUCCAUCCUACAGCACCGGUUACAGAUCUCUAAAUAAAGUUACAAUAGAAAACAUCUUGUAAAGAGUCAUCCAUCUCCCAUUCGCUAACAGUUUACUAAGUCUUAUUACCAUGGUAACAUGUGUAGAUAAUAUGCAGCUCUGGAUCCAUAUGUAUCAAGCGUCUUGGAGUAGGAGUGGUGUGUG